CUCGACGCUCGCUGCCUGGCGCCGCCGCCGCCCGGGCCGCCGCCGCCAUGGCCACGGAGGACGAGAUCAUCCGCAUCGCCAAGAAGAUGGACAAAAUGGUGCAGAAGAAGAACGCGGCUGGAGCUCUUGAUUUAUUGAAGGAGCUUAAGAAUAUUCCCAUGACCCUUGAGUUGUUACAGUCUACCAGAAUUGGAAUGUCAGUGAAUGCAAUACGCAAGCAAAGCACAGAUGAAGAGGUUACAUCUUUAGCAAAAUCUCUUAUCAAGUCUUGGAAGAAACUGUUAGAUGGACCUUCAACUGAUAAAGAAUCUGAAGAAAAGAAAAAGGAGCCUGCAUCUUCCUCUCAAAACAGCCCUGAAGCCAGAGAAGAAAGCAGUUCAAGUAGCAAUUCCAGCAGCAGGAAGGAGGAGGGUAGUGCUCCUUCAAAUUCUUUCAUCCCUUCUUUUCCCCGAGCUCCAAGCACUUCAGACUCUGUACGAGUGAAAUGUAGAGAAAUGCUCUCUGCAGCUCUCAGAACAGGAGAUGAUUAUAUUGCUAUUGGUGCUGAUGAAGAAGAGCUGGGUUCUCAGAUUGAAGAAGCUAUUUUUCAAGAAUUAAAAAACACUGAUAUGAAAUACAAAAAUAGAGUACGAAGUAGAAUAGCAAAUCUCAAGGAUGCAAAGAACCCUAAUCUAAGGAAAAAUGUAUUAUGUGGAAACAUUCCUCCUGACAAGUUUGCCAAAAUGACAGCAGAGGAAAUGGCAAGUGAUGAACUGAAAGAAAUGCGCAAAAAUCUGACCAAAGAAGCUAUCAGAGAGCACCAGAUGGCUAAAACAGGAGGUACCCAAACUGACCUGUUUACAUGUGGCAAGUGCAAAAAGAAGAACUGUACAUACACCCAGGUUCAAACCCGCAGUGCUGAUGAACCCAUGACAACAUUUGUUGUCUGUAAUGAAUGUGGAAACAGAUGGAAGGUAAGACUGUUAGAUUGCUCUGCAUAUUUGAUAGCAGGCAGCCAGGCUCUGUGGUUAAUUUUGGUUUACAGUAAAUGAGACAAAUGACUUUCUGUUGACUUUUAGUUAUUUCUUAGCCCAUUAAUGAUAUUCCAUGUUAAUAUUGCGAAAUUCCUUUGAAUUAAAAAUGUAUUUUUGACUGAAGUUGUGAGAUCACACAAGUAAGGCAGUUGCAAAGGGGGAGAGAAGUCAGGAUGUCGACCUAGUCCUUGCAACAUUUGCCAUACAAAGUAGUGACAAGUUAGUCAGUCACUGUGUUAGUUUUCUCUUUCUUCGCCCAAAGAUGAUCUAACUGGUUUUAAUCUCCGCAUUGAUGAGUGGAAUAGACCUUUUUAGACUUUUUGUUGUUAUUGUUGUCUCCAUUUUUUGCUACUCUGACAAGAAGAGGGAGGAUAAUAAAGAGAACUGACUGCUACUAUAUUCCGGUGUCAUCAUAAGUGUAGGGCAGUGAUAACUUGAUUUAAUUUUUUUUAAGUUCAGGAAAUGGGAAUUUAAAAAGCUUCUGAGGAACACUGGUAGUCCAGUAAAGUGGAGAAACGUUGAAAUGAAGGCCUGUAAUAUUUACAAUUUAAGAUGUGAUAGCAUGCAAUGGGAAGCAUGAUACCCUCAUUCUGUUAUUUUUCUGUGUUAAGAAUGCUGCAGCUGUGCAGAGCCAUGGCACAGCAUACUUUUAAGAUUGCCACAUAAAAAAACACUUUAUGCAUCUUGUUUUAUAUAUCAUAUUACCGAAUAUUGUUCAAAUCUGUAUUCCAAGAUAUCCAAAUAAUAUAUAAAGCUUAGAAAUUGUUUAAUGCAGUACCUGGAAAAGUUCAUUUGUCCUUAAAACCUUCUAUAAUGUGGCAGUUAGAGAAGUGUCCGUAUACAGAUGCCCGAGUGAAGGAACGGUUACGAUCUAAGCAAAUGCUGUAACUAGUAAUUUCCAUAUCCUAAGUAUGGUGUCGUAUGUCUGUUUCUUCUUGCAAAGAUGUAGAACUAAGCUGUAUAAA